GUCAUUUCUUCCUCUUUAAUGUUAAAAAUGUGAAUUUUCAGUUUUUCUCUAUUGAUAAAUGUCAAAAACAAUGUCCAGAUUUUAACAUUAUAAUUGUAUUCGACAGGAUCAUUACUGUUACUCCGUAUACUAGUAUAUGAUAUGGCUAAAUGGCCGGCUAAGGGCUUUUACCGGCGAGAGUGCUUCCCAGUUGCCAGAGUGAGUCCAACCACCACUGUUUUAAUUUGGAUUUUGGAAUAUACACUUUGAUAAGCAGAAAAGAAAUGUUCUGUUGCAAAGAAGACAAUUUUGUCACCCUGCAUGGGCGUUAUUCAAACCCAAUCAACUGUAUCUUUGAAGUACUUCUUUCUUGCAUAUGCAUGUUGUCCCCUAAAGUUUGACUUUUUUCUCCGCCACCACCACCACCUCCUCCUCCAUCCCCGCCACCAUUUCUCAUUUCCUCCCAAAGAUAACUCUUUCCUUAACUCUCACUGCUAUCCACUCUCAGACCUGAGAAAAUGGAGAGAUCAAGAAUCAGUAGUUCCCAUUUCUUCUUGUUUUUCUUGUUUGUAAAUUUGAGAUAUUGCUGUUUUAGAACAGUGGAGUCUCUUUCCUCUGAUGGAGAAGCUCUGCUAUCUCUUCUCAAAUCAGCACCAUCUUCUGCUCUCCCAUCCUGGAACCCUUCAGCACCAACUCCAUGUUCAUGGAAGGGCAUCACUUGCUCCCCACAAGGAAGAGUCAUUUCCCUUUCUAUCCCCAACACUUUCCUCAAUCUUUCAUCUUUGCCCUCCCAGCUCUCCUCCCUUUCAUCCCUUCAGUUCCUCAACCUCUCCUCAUCCAACAUCUCAGGCUCAAUCCCUCCAUCUUUUGGCGAGUUGACUCACCUCAGACUUCUAGACCUCUCUUCCAACUCACUCACUGGGACUAUUCCAUUGGAGCUGGGAAAGCUCAGAUCACUCCAGUUCCUAUUCUUGAACUCAAACAGGUUGACGGGUCAAAUCCCAUUUCAGCUAGCAAAUCUCUUAUCCCUACAGAUCCUCUGUGUCCAGGAUAAUUAUCUAAAUGGGUCGGUUCCUUCACAGCUGGGCUCAUUGAUAUCGCUUCAGCAGCUCAGGAUUGGAGGGAACCCUUAUUUAACAGGGGAGAUACCUCCAGAGUUAGGGUCUCUCACGAAUCUGACAAUGUUUGGGGCGGCGGCCACCGCACUCUCCGGCGUCAUUCCGGCGACGUUUGGGAAUUUGAAGAGGCUUCAGACAUUAUCAAUCUAUGAUAGUGACGUGUUUGGCCCAAUACCGCCUGAACUGGGAAUGUGUGGAGAUUUGACGAGCUUGUAUCUGCACAUGAACAAUCUCUCUGGUUCAAUACCCCCACAAUUGGGGAAACUGAAAAAGCUCACCAGCUUGCUUCUAUGGGGAAAUUCACUCACGGGUCCGAUCCCAGCCGACCUUUCAAACUGUUCCUCUCUUACGGUUCUUGAUGUUUCUGCCAAUGAUUUGUCCGGCGAGAUUCCGGCUGACUUGGGAAAGCUAACUGCUCUUGAGCAGCUCCACUUGUCUGAUAAUGGAUUGACCGGGUCUAUUCCGUGGGAAAUCAGUAAUUGCUCUAGCUUGAUCACUCUUCAACUUGACAAGAACAAGUUAUCUGGAUCAAUCCCUUCUGAAGUAGGGAAGUUGAAAAAUUUGCAAAGCUUUUUACUUUGGGGGAAUUCGGUUUCUGGAACCAUUCCAAGUUCUUUCGGAAAUUGUAGUGAGCUUUAUGCCCUUGAUCUCUCCAGGAACAAGCUUACAGGAACCAUCCCGGAUGAGAUCUUUAACCUGGGUAAGCUGAGUAAGUUGUUACUUUUAGGUAAUUCAUUGACUGGAGGGUUGAGCAGUAGUGUUUCCAGAUGCCAGUCACUUGUUAGGCUGAGGCUCAGUGAAAACCAACUUUCCGGACAGAUCCCAAAGGAGCUGGGGCAGUUGGAGAAUCUUGUAUUUCUUGAUCUUUACAUGAACCACUUUUCCGGCAGCCUGCCCGCUGAGAUCUCCAGCAUUACAGUUCUUGAGCUCUUGGACGCCCAUAACAAUUACCUGACUGGUCCAAUUCCAUCACAGUUGGGGGAGCUCGUGAACUUGGAGCAGCUUGAUCUGAGCAUGAACAGCUUUUCUGGUGAGAUUCCUUGGAGUAUAGGUAACCUCAGUUACUUGAACAAGCUCAAUCUUAACAAUAACCUCCUCACGGGUUCCAUCCCGAAGUCUCUUAGAAGCAUGGAGAAACUAACUCUGUUAGAUUUGAGCUCCAAUGGCCUUUCCGGUUUAAUCCCCCCUGAGAUUGGUUAUAUGACAAGCUUAACAAUCAGUUUGGAUUUGAGUUCGAACCGUUUCACCGGAGAAAUCCCAGAAACGUUUUCCGGUUUGACUCAACUCCAAUCGCUCGACCUCUCACACAACAUGAUUACCGGGAGAAUAACAACGCUAAGCCUCCUUACUAGCCUCACUUUCCUAAAUGUGUCUUACAAUAAUUUAUCAGGCCCCAUUCCUGUGACACCGUUCUUUAGAACUCUAACCAUGAGUUCUUUGUAUGAAAACCCUAGCCUUUGUGAAUCCAGUGAUGGCUUUUCUUGUUCUUCCUCCCAUCUGAACAGAAGGAGCAGUUUUGGCUUGGGCCGGACCACUGUUUUGGUCUUAGUUGUCGUUUUGACUUCUGUAGCCUUGGCAGUUGCAGCAAUGUGGGUUAUUGUUACUAGGACUUACGGUAGCUCUGGCGGGGAUAAUGUUUUUUCGUAUCCAUGGAUUUUCAUACCAUUUCAAAAGCUCAAUUUUAGCAUUGAGAACAUCUUGGACUGCUUGAAAGAGGAAAACGUUAUAGGGAAAGGAUUCUCUGGUGUGGUAUACAGAGCAGAAAUGCCAAACGGGGAGUUGAUUGCUGUUAAGAAGCUUUGGAAGACAAAUAAAGAUGACGAAGAACGUGUGCAAGGCUACUUCGCUGCAGAGAUUCAAAUCCUUGGGCAUAUUAGGCACAGGAACAUAGUGAAACUGGUGGGGUAUUGCUCCAACAAGAGCACAAAGAUUCUUCUCUACAAUUACAUUUCGAAUGGAAAUUUACAACAGCUGUUGGAAAGCAACCGGAACUUGGACUGGGAAACGAGGUAUAAGAUUGCAGUUGGAUCAGCUCAAGGCCUUGCGUAUCUCCACCAUGACUGUGUUCCCGCCAUUCUUCAUAGAGAUGUCAAAUGUAAUAACAUACUCUUAGAUUCGAAGUACGAGCCUUAUAUCGCAGAUUUUGGCCUUGCAAAGCUAAUGAGUUCUCCAAAUUAUCAGCAAGCCAUUUCCAAAGUUGCAGGUUCUUAUGGAUACAUAGCUCCAGGCAAGAUUUUCUAAGCUUAUGUUCAUAUCAUCCAAAAAAAGAGAAGUAUUUGAAAUAUGGUUACACAAUGAACAUAACAGAGAAGAGCGAUGUGUAUAGCUUCGGAGUGGUUUUGCUGGAAAUACUGAGCGGGCGAAGCGCAGUUGAGUCACACGUCGCUGGGGACGGGCUUCACAUUGUCGAGUGGGUGAAGAAGAAAAUGGGAAGCUUUGAACCUGCGAUCACCGUUCUGGAUUCAAAGCUUCAAGGAAUGCCUGACCAAACGGUGCAAGAAAUGCUGCAAACACUGGGAAUAGCCAUGUUCUGCGUGAAUUCAUCGCCAGGUGAACGUCCCACAAUGAAGGAAGUGGUUGCACUUCUGAGGGAAGUGAAGAGUCCGGUUGAGGAAGUCGUCAAAACUUCCCAACCUCUUCUUACAAAGGAGACGCCCUCAACCACUACUAGUAGUCAUCAUUAAAGUUGACUCAUUUGUGGCAGAGGGAGUUCUUUAUAGAUGAUGAGGGAGAAAAGUUCAACAGCUUCUACCUUUGUAGUUUGGAUAACGUUCGGCUUGAGUUUUGUAUGUACAUAUUUAGAGUUUGCAUAUAGGAACAAUUUGGGCAGCGUCUAUUGUAUUGCUUAGAACAUCUCAAAGGCAAAAACGUGAACGGUGCAUUUGACACGUGAAAGAUAGAUAUAUAAAAAUUAAUAAUAAAUACAAUAU